GAGAGAAGAGCGAAAGAGAGAGAGGGAGAAGGAGAGAAAAAGGCGACAAGGAACCGAAGCACUACCACCACCGUGGGUGCUCGACACCAUGGGAACCUUACAACACUUGUCCGAGCCACAGCUUUGUCCGUGGGCCAUGUCGUGAUCCGUGGGCUCCGCCAGCGGGAUUCCUGUCCGUGAACCGAGCCGCCGAGGAGAGGGGGGAGAACAUGUCCGCCUCGGUGGGCCCUCGGGGCGGCCCGCGCCCACCCGUCGCGCCGGCUUCUAUACCGGAGCCGGAUCUGAGCCAUUUGACGGAGGAGGAGAGGAAGAUCAUCAUGGCCGUGCUGGCUCGGCAGCGAGAUGAAGAGGCGAAGGAGGAGGCCAUGUUAAAGGAGGAGAAGCCCAUCCAAGCGAGGACAGUGAACCUCGUAGGACAGAAGAAGCCUCCCAAGCAAAACGAUGUCAGCCCGGUACUGUACUGACGACAGCAGCAGUGGACAGCGUCUCACCAGACUGCAGCAUACGCUCAUCUGGGCCCAGACAGAACAGGAGACCUCCUUCUGAUCUCCAUGCCGCUCUCGGGACACGGCAAAGCCGUUGAGCCAAACGGCAGUGCGCCGACGACUUUGCCAAAUGCUAGCCGCCGAUGGAGGGUAGUCAUGUGUGCAGGCGUUCAGAUCUGAUAUGGAUGUUUUUUAAGUUGUAUUGGAGUUUUUGUGUCGAAAUUGAAUAUUUGAUGAUUCUCCGGUGGCGUGUUGGUUCUUGGACGGUAGGAAGGUGUGCAGUCUGUAGACCAUCCCUUCCUACCAGUUAUUCUGCCAAUAGGGAUUUUUUCUUCUUCUUAUGUGUGU